AUGUUGUGCAUAUAUCAUAGUGGAGAUGAGAGAUCGCGACACAUUUACUGGAGCCCAGUUUCCAAAAGAAAUGACUCUGACCCAGAUCAGCCACAGAAUCCUUUUGAAGGGCACGAUGAACAACAACACUCUGAAACUUCGGAAAAAGACGAGGUCGAUUUGGAAACAAUGAUUAACACGCUCUUUGAGAUGGCUGAAAAAAACUUCACAUUCCAUAUCAAUGUCGGCGAUGCGUACAUCACCUCACUAGAAGAGUUGCUGAAACAUCCGGGCCACGAAGAGGCAGUUAGAGAAGCCUAUCAUCAGGUCAAGCUUAUGCAAAGUCAGGGCACUUUAAGCAGUGAUGAGGAAAGAGCCUACUUCCCAGACGAUGAUUUUUAUCAGGAGGCAUUUGGCGCUAACGGCAACAAUGCGGCAAGAUACAUUGAAGAUAAUACGGGUAGACCUAGCGAUUCUAGCAGGAUUAUUUCUCGGAACAGUCCUCAGCAUAACAGCGACCACAGCGAUAGGGCAGCAAACAAAGAACAGAAGCAGCUCAGCAGUGAUUCACCCUCAAACUACUACAAGUUUAAGAAUAUUUUAUGCCUAUCUGUAUUACUUUUUAAAAUUCUAAUCGACUUAUAA